AUGGCCUCUGCUCUGUGGAGGUGUCCGCUGCCUGCCUGGCUCCUGCUACUCCUCCUCUGCUUCCACUCUUCACAAGCUUUCAGUCGCGCUGCCUUGCCGUUCGGCCUGGUCAGGAGGGAGCUCUCCUGUGAGGGAUAUGCCAUCGAUCUGCGCUGCCCGGGGAGUGAUGUCAUCAUGAUCGAGACGGCCAACUAUGGGCGGACAGACGACAAGAUCUGUGACGCUGACCCCUUCCAGAUGGAGAACGUCAACUGCUACCUCCCGGAUGCCUACAAGAUUAUAUCACAAAGGUGCAACAACCGUACGCAGUGUGUGGUUGUCACUGGCUCUGAUGUCUUUCCUGACCCUUGCCCCGGCACCUACAAGUACUUAGAGGUCCAGUAUGAGUGUGUACCAUAUAUUUUCAUAUGUCCUGGGACGUUGAAAGGAGUGGGCGUCGCCACGUUCCUAUUUGAAGCGGAGCAACAGGCUGGCUCUUGGUGCAAAGACCCCCUGCAAGCCGGAGAUAAGGUCUUCUUCAUGCCAUGGACUCCAUACCGCACCGACACUCUCAUCGAAUACUCGUCUUUGGAGGACUUCAAAAACGCCCGGCAGACGACCACCUACAAACUCCCCCACCGCGUCGACGGCACUGGAUUUGUGGCCUAUGACGGCGCCAUUUUCUUCAACAAGGAGCGCACCAGGAACAUUGUCAAGUUCGAUCUGCGCACCCGCAUCAAAAGUGGUGAGGCCAUCGUAAACAACGCCAACUACCACGACACCUCGCCAUAUCGCUGGGGCGGCAAGACUGACAUCGACCUGGCUGUGGACGAGAGGGGACUGUGGGUGAUAUACGCCACGGAACAGAACAACGGGCGCAUCGUGAUCAGCCAGCUCAACCCGUACACCUUGCGAUUCGAAGCCACAUGGGACACCGCCUACGACAAGCGGUCGGCAUCCAAUGCGUUCAUGGUGUGCGGCGUGCUGCAUGUCGUGCGCUCCACCUACGAAGAGAACGAAAGCGAGUCGAGCAGGAGCCAAAUCGAUUACAUUUACAACACCAAGCUGAGCCAAGGCGAAUACACUGAUAUCCCCUUCCCCAAUCAGUAUCAGUACAUAACCGCUGUGGAUUACAACCCCCGAGACAACCAGCUGUACGUUUGGAAUAACUUUUACAUUCUUCGCUACGACCUGGAUUUCGGACCGCCAGACCCAGCUGAAGUGCCGACCAUUGAGGACUUCUCGGCUCUUCCGUCCAACCCCAAAACCACCACCAUGUUCACCACCAGCACCCCUGUGCCUACGGUCCGCCAGCACAGUGACACCACCAUGUCAGGGCCGGACCCCAGGGAGGGUCGGGACCCCUACGAGGAUCCCCGAGGGCCCCCGUUGUCUGUCACCACAGAGCCCACCGUGGUGGAGCUGCCCCCCACGCCACGCCGCUUCUGUGAGGCCACCCGCAGACGAGCCAUCGACUGGCCCCAGACUCACACAGGCAGCACCGUGGAGAGGCCCUGCCCCAAGGGAACAAGAGGCAUCGCCUCGUACCUGUGCACUGUGUCCGGGGCCUGGUGCUCCCACGGGCCGGACCUCAGCAACUGCACCUCCCACUGGGUCACACAAGUGGCCCAGAAGAUCCGAACGGGUGAAAACGCUGCUAAUUUGGCCAACGAGCUGGCGCGGCACACCCAGGGGCCGGUGUUCGCGGGGGACGUCAGCUCCUCGGUGCGUCUCAUGGAGCAGCUGGUGGACAUUCUGGACGCACAACUGCAGGAGCUCCGGCCCAGCGAGAAGGACUCCGCCGGACGCAGCUUCAACAAGCUCCAAAAAAGGGAGAAGACUUGCAGGGCGUAUAUGAAGGCCAUUGUGGACACCGUGGACAACCUCCUCCGGGCUGAAGCGCUGAAGUCCUGGAGGGAUAUGAACGCCACGGAGCAGAGCCAUGCCGCCACCAUGCUGCUGGACACGCUGGAGGAGGGAGCCUUCGUGCUGGCCGAGAACCUCAUCGAGCCGGCCAUCGUCAAAGUCCCAGCGGAGAAUAUCAUGCUGGACGUGUACGUGAUCAGCACAGACGGACAGGUGCAGGACUUCAGGUUCCCCCAGAGCAGUAAAGGCGGGAGCUUCCUGCAGCUCUCCUCCAAUACAGUCAAAGCAAACAGCAAGAACGGUGUUGCUAAGCUGGUCUUCGUGCUCUACAAACACCUGGGCCAGUUCCUGAGCACCGAGAACGCCACACUCCGAGGCCCCGGCGACCCGAGCCGGCGAAACCUCUCCCUCACCGUCAACUCCCACAUCCUGUCCGCCUCCAUCACCAAGGAGUCCAGCCGAGUGUUCACGGCCGACCCAGUGAUCUUUACGCUGGAGCACCUGGAUAAGGACCACUAUUACAACCCCAACUGCUCCUUCUGGAACUACUCGGAGCGGAGCAUGAUGGGAUACUGGUCCACGCAGGGAUGCAAGCUCCUGGACACCAACAAGAGCCACACCACCUGCUCCUGCAACCACCUCACCAACUUUGCAAUCCUCAUGGCUCACAGAGGGAACGUGGCCGACGGCAGCGUCCAUGAACUGCUGCUGACCGUGAUCACGCGGAUGGGCAUCGCGGUGUCUCUGGUGUGUCUGGCCAUCAGCCUCUUCACCUUCUGCUUCUUCAGAGGGCUGCAGAGUGACCGCAACACCAUCCACAAGAACCUCUGCCUCAACCUGUUCAUCGGCGAGCUCGUCUUCCUCGUGGGCAUCAACAUGACCGAGCCCAAGCUGGUGUGCUCCAUCAUCGCCGGCCUCCUUCACUUCUGCUUCCUGGCCGCCUUCGCCUGGAUGUGCUUAGAGGGCGUGCAGCUGUACCUCAUGUUAGUGGAAGUGUUCGAGAGCGAGUUCUCCAGACGAAAAUACUAUUACGUGUCGGGCUACCUCUUCCCCGCCGCCGUAGUGGGCAUCUCUGCAGCCAUUGACUACCGGAGCUACGGCACACAGAGGGCAUGCUGGCUGAGGGUUGAUAACCAUUUCAUCUGGAGUUUCAUCGGACCCGUAACCUUCAUAAUUGUGGUCAAUGUCAUCUUCCUGGUGGUGACCAUGUACAAGAUGGUGAAGCACUCCACCUCCAUGAAACCCGACUCGUCCCGGCUCGGGGGUAUCAGGUCGUGGGUGCUGGGAGCGUUUGCACUGCUCUGCCUGCUCGGCUUAACCUGGUCGUUCGGGUUGUUCUUCCUCAACGAGUCGUCCAUAGUGAUGGCGUAUCUCUUCACCAUCUUCAACACGCUGCAAGGGAUGUUCAUCUUCAUCUUCCACUGCCUGCUUCAGAAGAAGGUCCGCAAAGAGUACAGCAAAUGUUUCCGUCAGUCCCAGUGCUGCGGCGCGCUCCCCUCCGAGGGCCCGCACAGCUCCGCCAAGACCUCCACGUCACGUUCCACCGCGCGCUACUCCUCCGCCACGCAGAGUCGCAUUAGGAGGAUGUGGAACGACACGGUGAGGAAGCAGUCAGAGUCCUCCUUCAUCUCCGGAGACAUCAACAGCACCUCCACGCUCAACCAGGGGAUGACCGGAAACUACCUUCUAACUAACCCCUUGCUCCGAACCCACGACACUAACCCCUAUAACAACCUGCUGGCAGAGACGGUGGUGUGCAGCACGCCCUCCCCAGGACAGCACUCCCUGAGCCGCAGUCGGGACAUCAGCACCAUGGACACGCUGCCCCUCAACGGAAACUUCAACAACAGCUACUCUCUGCGCGACAAUGACUACGAGACUGUGCGCACCCCCGCGGACCUGGGGGGCCUGAACCUGGAUGACGCCGCCUUCGAGAAGAUGAUCAUCUCUGAGAUUGUCCACAACAACCUGCGGCCCCGUGUGGCCCCCAAGGGUCGCCACGUGCUCAGGGAGCGAGAGCGGCCCGUCUGCCCCCAGACCAGGACCGCACUGGACCAGGGCAGCGGCAGCGAGGACGACGCCAUCGUGGCCGACCACACGGAGGCCUCGUCCCCCCAGAGGGGUCCCGCUCGUGUGGGGGGCGCCCCUCUGGAGCUGCUGCUGCACACGCACCAUAAGGAGGUGCUGGAGGCCCCCCUGCUCCCCCAGAGGACUCACUCUCUGCUGUACAGCGCUCACAAGGCGCCGCGCCGCCUGGAGGCCCCGGGCCCCGACACUCUGGACGACACAGACUCGCCCAAUAACAGAGACUCACUUUACACCAGCAUGCCCAACCUGAAGGACUCGCCCUCCGCCUCCCCCUACCCCCCGGAGGAGGAGGAGGACAUGUCCCACUCCCCCCGCAGUGACACUGAGGACGUGAGAAAGAGCAUGCCUGAGCUGGGCGACGGCCCCCCGCCCCUGUCCUAUUACCACAUACACCGGGCCCCCAGCGACGGCUGCAUCCUGCCCCCGGAGUGCAGCCAGGACUGUCCCCCGGAGCACCCGCUGGACUGCCCUGCGGAGGGGCAGGAGGCUGACGGACAGAUGCAGCUCAUCACCAGCCUCUGA